UGUAGUCAGGCAGACAUAACAAAGUCGUCCAAUCACAAAAAAAUCUGAAAGGCGAUUUUUGCUGUAUCUUGGCUCAGAUGGUGGAUCUCAGAUCGGGUUAGUUGGUCCAGAUGUCGGAGGACCAGCCGGUCGAGGCCUCCCUCCGGGGGGAGGCGGGUCUGGAGGCUGGGGAGGGCGACACGGAGCCCAGCAUGCUGCUGCAGAAGCUCAAGAGCAACAUCUCGAAGAGUGUUCAGACCAAAGUGGAUCAGAUCCUGCAAGAAGUUCAGCGUUUCUCCGACAACGACAAGCUGUACCUGUACCUCCAGCUGCCCUCGGGACCCGGCGCCGGAGACAAGAGGUCACACCUGUUCACCUGUCAGACACCAAAUCCAACAGGAAUACAGAUUGGUGGGGACUCCAGUUCGUUCAACACAGCCGACCAGCUUCACACCUGUAACUGGAUCCGCAGUCACCUGGAAGAACAUUCAGACACCUGCCUACCAAAACAAGACGUCUACGAGACAUACAGGAGAUAUUGUGACAACCUGCAGCAUCGUCCUUUGAGCGCCGCCAACUUCGGGAAGAUCAUCAGAGACAUUUUCCCAAACAUCAAAGCACGACGGCUCGGAGGCAGAGGACAGUCCAAAUACUGUUACAGCGGCAUCAGGAGGAAGACUGUUCUCAACAUGCCACUACUGCCCAACCUGGACCUGAAGAACGACCCGGCCGAGCUGACUGAGCUGGUUCAGACGUACAAACAGGAGGUAACGGAGGCGGCGUGCGAGCUGAUCUGUGACUGGGCCCAGAAGAUCCUGAAGCGUUCAUUCGACACGGUGGUGGAGAUCGCUCGUUACCUGAUCCAGGAACACAUCGUGAACCCUCGCUGUAGUCAGGCCGAGCUCGUCACGUCUGCAGCCCUCGCAGGAGGUCCGGCCAAAACACACAAAGUCAUCAAGAAAACGCCGGCCGUCCAUAAACCUGAGAGCGACGCUGAGCAGAAGAAGGAGAACCUCGGAGACCUGAAGCAGCCGUCAGCAGACAAAUCAGCUGCAGCCAAACCUUCAUCCCUGGAAGCUCUGCCUCCUCCCUCCUCCUCCUCCUCUCUGCGUCCUGCUGUGGAAGCCUUCAUGAAGCAGUUACCCAGAAUCCUCCCUCGCAGCUCCAUCCCUGACAAGACGCAGCUCUCUGUCCGCUCCUCUCCGCCGUCAUUGGCUCCAAAAGACGCCUCAGGUGUGGGUGGAGCAUCUGGACCAGGAGGCCCUGCUGCCGCUGCUGCUGCCAGUGGUGGUGGAGUCAAGGUUAUCGCCAUGGCGACAUUACCACAGCAGCAGGGUGCUCCUGUCCCCUUGAUGAUUCUGCCUCAGGGAUGUCUCUAUGAGAGGGAGAAGGUGGCCCCCCCUCCUGCAGCCCCCACCUCAGUGGUACAGAAAGCACGAGGAAACACGAGUAAGCGCCCCUUGGAGUUAGCGUCAGGCGGCGGCGCUGUCGGCCUUUCUGGAGGCUCUGCUUCCAACACUCCUCCUGUGAAACGGAAACGCGGACGACCAAGAAAACCUCGACCAGAGGACGCUUUUCCGCCGCCUCGUCCUCCUCCUCCACAGCCUCACCCUCCUCCUCAUCCCUCCCACCCUCCCAUCAUCACCUCCCUCACGGGUGGGGUCAUACAGAAAGCUUCCUCCUCCUCGCAGCCCGUGCUGGAGCUGGUGAUUCAGGACCAGUCCAGUCUGGUUCUGAGCCACCUUCCAGCGGACCCAGCUCACAGGCUGGUGGAGCACCGUGGGGUAGUGGUCCAGUGUCAGCCAGGAGGGGCGGGUGAGCCAGACCACCACAACAGGCCCCUACUGCUGUUCCAGAGUCCAGGAAACCCCAGCUGGGAGCUGGCGGCGUCAAGCCGGACCCCGAUGGUUGAGGUCAUCCAGAAAGCUCCGAGACCGAGCAAUAACAGCGCUGCUACAGCGGCAGCACACCUCCAUCCUCACACCGCUCUUCCUCUGCCCACGCUGCACGAGGAGCGGGGGGAGGUAGAGAUCACGCUGACGCCGCUAGAGCUGCCUUCCUCCUCCACCUCCUCUCCCCCACCUGCUCCUGCCUCCUCUGUCACAGUAAAGACUGAGGAGGACCACAUCUCCUCACAAAGAGAGGGACACUAGCUGUUACCUCACCUACAGCCAAGCCCCGCCCCCUCAAAUCCCAUUCACCUCCUCCUUAUUGGUUGAAAUCCCAGAUUGGCCGCAGCAGAGAGCCGGUCAGGAGGAUAAAUGAAGCCAAAAUUCCCUUCAUCAGCUCCCAUUGCACUUCUAAACAGACGCUUUACAAACCUGCAUGUCUGUUUGUCCGUCUGUCAGUGGAGGGUCAGGAGAGCUGCUCCUCAGAUCCCCGGGCCCCAUUUAAACCUUCCUUCCCUCCUUGCAUCCUUGUUUCCUUAAUCCUUAGAUUAUUCCUUUUCUGUGCUGAGGGAUGGUUUUCAGCUGCAUCACCUUUACAGCCUCCAAUCAGCUGAUUCAUGGAGAAGAAACAGUAAUGACUUUGAAGAGGAUAGAUACUGAAGGUACUACGGGUCAGAGCCUUGUGAAGGUUCUUUGUGUUAUAUAUGAAAAAUCACCUUUUUAACAGAGUUCAGCCUCGACUCACCUUCAAUUCAACUCAUGUAUAAAAAUGAUUUCAGGAUGUGGGGGUUAGAGGGAUAGAAAUGGAAGUCUAAUAACUGAAUCUAAAGUCUGGUGCAGCUGAGGACCAAGUCCUGCUUUGUCUCCAGGAAGUGGUUUUCAGUUUAACUUUUGAUUUGAGGUGAAUCGCAGCUGGACUCUGGGUUUCUCUGUUCUGAACAGAUUUGUUUUGUUGUGUUUGUGACAGUGUUGGUGUCGUUCAUGUGUGUGUGUGAGACAGGGAGGACAACACACUCAAUUUCAAGGCUUUAAAUAUCUAUUCACCAGAGAUGGGUCAUGAAAUAAAGAGAGUCAAAGUAAAACUAGUGUGAAUCAAAUAAAUGGUUUGAGGUAGGAAUGUAUUGAAGCAGCUGAGAGCGGAGGGUCUGCAGGCGUCUUUCUAGUUCCUCAGUUCUUAUCAGGAUUCCUUUAUUUGAAUCUCUCCAACAUUUGAACACACGGGUUAUAAACUGCACAGAAACGGUGCUUUAUAAUUACCUGAGCCUUGCAGGGUUUGUAAUUCAUCAGAUACAUUACAAACUCUUUGUUGUAUGUGAGGGAGGGGUGUCAAAAGUAAAACACUUCUUCAGGGAGUGCAGCUCUAGUCUGCAUGGUUAGUCUGGCUCAAUGUAAGAAAGAAACAAGAAUCACUUUAUUGUGUUUUGGUCAGUUUAUGAAACUUUUUUUUGUCUUUGAUUUGUCAAAGACACAAAUGUCACAUGUUGAUUCUAAGUCCUUGGAGGGCGGCAGCCAUAUUUAUAUGUAUUUUAAAAUGUGCCACAUUUUAGAAAUAUUUUUUAAACACUUUAAAACUGGAGGAACGAUAAAGCAGGAAGUACCUGAUUGAAAACACAACAGUUCACUUGAAGGUAUUUUAAAGACAGAUUUCACUCAGAACUGAAACUAAACUUUAUGACCUACUUUAGGGUUUAGGGUUAGAGGGUUAGAGAGUUAGAGUUUAGGGUUAGGGUUAGGGUUAGAGAGUUAGAGUUUAGGAGGGGUUAGGGUUAGGGUUAGACUGACAUUAGCACUUACUCAGAUACCCCUCCUGCUUUAACCGCCUGCAGUUCAAACAUCCACGCCCUAAGCAGCUUUUCAAGUAAACCCUGUCCACACAAACAGGUAGACAUUGAAAAGUUGUCCUUUCCUGUUCAAGACAAUAAGAUUCAUCUAGUCCCACAAAGCACAAAGAGCUAAAGACGACGCAGUCUCAAGGAUGAACUGAUGGAUAUUUACUGACUCUUGGUCUACUUCCCGUCUCUGCUGUUGUGGUUUGUUGCCAUGCGCCUUUUGCACUAACACUUUCACCUCCUCUCCUUGAUCACCUCUGAAGUAUUGUCUGAAUAUCUGAGGGUCAUAACCGGCCUCUCUAUCUUAGAGUUUGGAGCUGACAUUCAUUUCUUUGCUUUUAAAGUUGACAGAGCUGUUAGUCUGUGUUCUGCUAAUGCUAACGGGUAACCAGGACUCUGCUAAACACAAAAAUGUUUCCUCUGUAAAAAUAGAUUUUAUUUGACAGAAAACUAGACUCCUUUGUCCCUGAUGAUGGGGAUGUCAUAAUGCUGAGAUAUUUUCCUCACCUUUGCCAAACUGUGUCUCGCUGCAUGUGACGGUGUCUUCUUCAUCGUUGGUGCUACAAGCUGCAGGGCUGAGCACCGCCUUUGGCUCACUCUGUUUUCACUGAUGGUCAAAAACAGUCGUUCUGUGGACAGCUGUGUGUGUUUGUGUAAAUGUCCUUUUCUUCUUCCGUCCUUUGACAAUGAGGUCUUCAUGUCAGUUAAAGGGAUGCCGAAACGUGUUCACACUGUUAAAAUUAUAAUUGUUGCAUGAUGGGAAAUUAGUUAAAGCACUUUUCCUCUAUCAGGAAGUGGUUUCACAAAGCUACAUGCUUGCUGCUACAGCUCCACCUUCAGGGGAAUUGAACGCAAGUGAGACUUAAAUGUGCCAAAAGGUACCAAAUCUCGGCCUCCCUUUAAGCGCCCGGCCUCAGAACUGAAACUAAUGAAAAGUUGCACUGUUUAAAAGUUAAAGAUGUAUGUUGUGAAUUUAUCGUUAUAAGAAUUGAAAAUGUUCUGCUUAAGGCUUGCACUCGCCUCAGAUUUAUUUUUUAAAUUAGCCAGAAUAAAACUCUUUGUUUAAAAAUAUUCAGUAGAGAGAUAGUAUGACAUAAGAGGGAAACACACUCUCUUGAACUGAUGAACUUCAGAGACAGUUGAAAGCAACGUUUCACUCGAUUAGCAACGUCUUCAUGACAACAAUGGUGCCAAGGCAUCAGAUUGAAGGGUUAACUGACACUUCACUUUGGACUUGUUGGUCCUGACUCAGGAUCAGCUGGCCAUCAUGGACUAAAAACUGGACUUGUUUGUCUUGACAUGGAACUCGUCCUUGAAGUGGACUUGUUUUCAGAUUGGGAUUUGAUGUUGGUCACUUUGGACUUAUUGAUCUCUACCUUUUGUUUGCGUGCUUGACAAGUUGUUCGGAAUUACUGAGCCUUACUCGUGUGUAGUGCGAGCAGCACUCAGGGCAAAGUUGCCUUUAGGUUGUUCUUAAAGUUGCCUUGUUGUCGAAAGAGGUCUGACGCCUUGUUCUGAGUCAUCAGCCAUCAGAAGUCAGAGUUGUAACAAUCAUCCAACAGGCAGAUCCCAGUGAAAUGUUGCUUUUUACUUGUUGGUUAGUUGAGCAUGAAAGAUGUGUUUCCUGUGCAGGACCUGCUGGGCUUCACUGGGCCAACAUGGAAACAAUGAGAAGUUCUGGAUAUAUAAAGAUGAUGUGAAAAAGAUGUGACUCGGGAAUGCUUCACUGCAAGUCAUUCACAUCGACAAAUUCUGCACCAUGGUGGAAGUCGAUAUCAGAAAGGAGUGGGUUCAUUGAAAGUCAAAGAUGGGAUUUGGCGAGCUAACUGGCCUGACUGGGCAAUGCUGACAUGUAGAGUUCACUAAAGGAAUAUUUAAUAAAAGUUUAUGGAAAGUCUGGAAGAUUAUCUGAACUGUGAAAGUUUGAAAGUAAGUUGGUGUUUAACGUGAGUCGGGUAGCAGGAAGCCCCAUUGAAGUGGCUGGUGGACACGUAUAGAGUUACCUUUAGAAUCGGUUUUAUUUAUUGGUUUGAAACUGAUCUGCAACACAACAGAGCUCAAGAUCCAUCAGGAAACCUUUGAAUUGGUUACAGGAGUCAGUGAUGGGACACGGUCAGCUGAUUGGCCUGAGUAGACUUUUUGGCUGAGACUGUUUAAGUUUAGCAACAUUGGGAAAGCUUUUGUUUUAGAAGCAGUUUGGGGAAAAGUUUAGAGUGAGUCCAAUACAUUUUUCAGAUUGUCGGCACUCUGCAGGUCAGGAUCCAAAAGGAUGAAAACAUUUUUCAUGGGAAGUCGGAGACAUCAGGAGGCCCCAGUUUGAGUUUGUUGUAGCCCACUUCCUGGGCUAAUUUUGCCAGCUGAACACUAAGAAACUGUGUGCAAAGGUUUGGUAAAGGCUGUUCUAUGAAAGCGAGUCAAAGGAGUUUGAGAAUAGUUAAGAGCAAGACCAUGAAGGCAAGAAAAGCCUGUUUGGCCCUUGACCUUGGUUAACUUAACGUGGCAUGUUUCUGGCGUCUUUAUCUUGAGAAGAAUCGACAGCUCAGAUCUAGAUCUAAAAUAAAUCAGAGAAAUGGCUCAUUGUAAGUUGGGGAUGGUUUAGUUGAUGGUACAUGGGAGGUCAGAGAAGGACUUACUGAUUGCUGGAAUUCCUUGUCGGCUGUAUAAGAAGAUGGGAAAGGGGUCUAAAGAAGUAUUAUCCCUCGUAUUAAGUCGGAGUCAGCCUGGAAUUCAGUGUGGCCCUCCUCCUCCUAGACUGCCUGAGCCUACUGGACUUAGUUACACUAUGCAAUGAGUGGCUCAGUUUGACUUUUGAACCAGGAUAAACCAGGUCAAGCAACAAAAAGGAAUCCAUGGAGCCCAUUUUGGCUGGUAAUGCUAAAAUUCACUGUAGACUCAAGUACAGAAGUAUUUUUCUUGUAGGUUAGAGAAUACCCAGUCUAACCCUAACCCUAACGUAACCUUCAAAGUUUGUGAUAAUUUUGAAAAGGCACGUAAAGGUCUGCAGCACUGUUGAAGUCUAGAAGUAUUCUUUGUCCAGGGAGGCGAGAACACCCGGUUUGGCUGUGAGAACUACACAUUUGGAUUCCUUCAUUGUCGUGUCUUGAAGAAGCCUAAAGAUUAGCAGUACUUGCUGGACAUGUUGAGUUCCCUGCAGGCUGUGCAAAAAGAACCAAAGAGGGUUUAUAAGGAAUUCUGGACCAGUUUGUGACCUCACUGACACAAUUGGGACCCGUUUAGACCUGUAUUAGGAGCCCAGGUUUUGAAGACGUAAGGGGUUAUGAAUCUUUCACUGUGGAGUCGUGUUGCUCAAAAACACAAAACUAGAAACGGGUCAGAUAAUCAAAGAUUAGAAGAUCGGGAUGCGGGUAGCGGUGCCUUGACCUUAAAGGAUCAGUCAUGGUAAUAUAACCUUCUCUGAUGUCACUUCCUGUACUGGAUCUGUCGGUUACAGCAUAAACUUAUAGUUAAAUCAAAGUUUUCUAAUUGAAACGUCGAUUGAAGGACGUUAUAAUGAAGCUUAGAGCAGCUUUAAGUGGUUUAGACCUCUAGAGAACUGGACAUCUCUGAACUCCUCCAGGAAGCUCCGCCUCUUCUCAUGGUCAGACCGACCUUAGCUGAGUAGGAAUUCUUUUAUCAGUUCUCACUUCAUUAAUUUGUUAUUUCAGUGUUAACACUCUAAAGGGAAAUCAUUAUAUCAGUUAUUACCAUAACGACGUCCUGAGCGCAGCGUGGAGCUGAAUCGACGGUUCAGGUGACGAGAUGACGAGAUGUUUGUACGAGUGAGCUGAUCCUGGUCAAACACUGCAGUCUUUGUGAUGAAGAUGAUGAUGAUGGUGAUGAUGAUGAUGAUGAUGAUGAUGAUGAUGGUGAAGAAGAUGAUGAUGGUUAACCCUUGAGUUUAAACUCGCUCUGUUUCCUGUCAGACUCUGAGCUCUAUGAUUCCCUGAAUGUAACAAAUUAUUGACUUAAAGACGGUUAGGAUGAGACUUUUCUUUGCCCUGAGUGAAGCCUUCCAGGUGCUGCUUCCUGUUUGACUAGAACUCUGGGUAAUGAAGUCCUCAGUGGAUGAGAGCGUGAGCAGAACAUUUAGAGCUCUGCUGCCAUUUUCUGUUCACAAGGUGCAAAAGAAGAACUGCAAUCACGUCGUCUGCCAUCCAAAAUGUUACUUUGUUCUUGUCUGUUGUCGCUCCUUCAGUCGGUUGUACAGUUUGUGAUUAAUACUGUUGCUAUGGAGAUCAUUUUAAGUGUCUUUGCUUUCUGGAAGAUGCUGUCAGCUUCCUGCAUGGUUUUCCUGUGACUGUAAAAUAUGAACUUAAAGUUUGUUUGUUUUUCUUUCUCCGUGACUUGUUAGCUUUUGUGUUGUUGUUUUUUUUUUUUGCACUUUAAAAAUGAGAUUUUAAAAGUGGGUUUGACAGCGAUUUAAAGAAAAAAAUGAAUCUUCUCUUUGUGUUCUUUGAUUUUGAAGAUAAUCAGUGAAAUGCACCUUUAUGUUGUCUGUGUGAGUUUGAACUUCAGCCCCUCUUUGUUUGUUUGUUUGUUUGUUUUUUGUUAUGAAGCGAAACAGAAACGUGUCAGAGGACAGAAGAACAUUAAUGUGAAUCUAUUUUCCUACGCUGACUGGAAUAAAGAACGAGACGUUCACUGGCAGAA